AUGGCACCCCUGUCCCUGAAAGCCAAAGGCCUCGGCGCCGCCAUGGCCGUGUACCUGUUAGGCCAGCCGAUCCAGUGCCCGUUCAUUAUACCCCCUCUUGUCGGCGACGCUGUGGCCUUGACCGUCGCGCAGGUCGGCUCCGCAGCGGCCAGCUUCGGCGGUGCGAUUGCCGGGGGCGCAGUUGCAUCCAAUGAUAAGAGAGGCUUUGAUCUAAACAGCCGCGCCGCCCAGGUCGAGGCACCCGAGGGAGUUCCCCAGUACAACUUUGAUCAGUGCGUGGACAGCUUAGUGGACCCGGCAGUCAGUGUGACGGUGACUGGUCCUGUUGAGAACAACGGUGUCCAAAUCGACGGCCUGACUUCUCAGUGCAUGGUUCUUGGUAAUGUCAUCACCGGCGAUGUGGAGGGCCCCGUGGCGACUCCCUGUGGCUCUGCGUGUCUGCUGUACAACAACCUGGACUCGGACCAGUAUUCGCAGAUGCAGUCCACUUUUGAGGAACUGAAGAACCUGUAG